AUGUGCAAACGCUUUGACGGUGGACCUUUCGCUAUGCCUGCCAUGCCGCAAUACCCGAAGGAAAAGGUGACUGGAGGGCGUACACCAUUCACCACCACGGGAGUGGAUUACUUUGGGCCUGUCACAGUGAAGAGCGGUAAUGAAUCGGUGAAGGCAUGGGUGGUGCUAUUCACGUGCCUAACCACACGUGCCGUUCAUUUAGAAGCAGUCAGGGAUAUGACUACUAAGACGUUCUUAAUGGCAUACCGUCGCUUCAUUGCUCGCCGUGGUACUCCCAAGAAGAUAAUUAGCGACAAUGGCAAGCAAUUCAAGUUGGCAAGCACCAUUUUGGACAAUGUGUGGAACGCGAUUGAUGAAUGUCCUGACGUGGUGAAUUACCUGACUGCCAAUGGCACUACUUGGUCCUUCAUCACAGAACUAGCUCCGUGGAUGGGCGGGUUCUACGAACGAAUGGUCCAAACUGUCAAGCGAUCUUUACGUAAGUCCAUCGGUCGAUCUCUCCUCACACAUUAUGAAUUUGAGAUGCUCUUGAUUGAGGUUGAGGCGGUUGUGAAUGCCAGACCCCUGACUUACGUCAGCGAUGAUCCCACCCCACUUGUGAUUACUCCAGCCCAUUUCCUCUGUCUGAAUCCUAACAUCGGCUUUCCACCGGUGGACAGCGAUACCAUGAUCCAGAUUGCAAUCCUAAUAGUAAUCCAACUGGUGCACUUCUUGCCCAGUUGA